AUGUUUGACAACGGGUUGGGUGAUAAGUUUGUUCUUUACAGUGGAACUCUGAUCGAAUCCUACAGACAUCAUCAUAUCAUUCCUUGGGAUGAUGAUCUCAAUGUUUUGGUUGGUGUAACUGUUAAAUCCAAUUUGCAAACACUGUUAGAACAACUCAGUCCAGAGUACCAAUUGAGAAAACAACACUAUCGGGAUAAAUUCCCCACUACGAAACAAAAGAAUCACAAUAAAUUCUACACAUUCACCGAUCUCGUGUUUGAUACUGACUCGUCCGAUCUGCUUCUUAGUCACUGUGUAUCUGUAUCCCCAUUGGGUUGGCCUAAUUUGGACAUUGGAUACUAUCAGUAA